UCUUCCUUUUACGCACGGUUGGAUACACCAGUUCAUGCGCCCUGCGCGCGUUUCCAAACUUCUUCCAUUUGACGAGGCGACAUGUUCCCGCUGCCGAUGUUCACGCCGGACCAGGUGGCGCGCGUGUGCGAGAACCUGGAGGAGACCGGGGACAUCGAGCGGCUCGGCCGCUUCCUGUGGUCGCUGCCGGCCGCGGUGCCCGGCUCCGCCGCCGAGGCGCUGAACCGCCACGAGUCGGUGAUGCGCGCGCGCGCGCUGGUCGCCUUCCACGGCGGCAACUUCGAGGCGCUGUACCAGAUCCUGCAGAGCCACCGGUUCACGCGCGAGUCGCACGCCAAGCUGCAGGACCUGUGGCUGGACGCGCACUACCGCGAGGCGGAGAGGCUGCGCGGCCGGCCGCUGGGCCCCGUGGAGAAGUACCGCAUCCGCAAGAAGUUCCCGCUGCCCCGCACCAUCUGGGACGGCGAGCAGAAGACGCACUGCUUCAAGGAAAGAACUCGCAGUUUGCUGAGAGAGUGGUACCUCCAGGACCCAUACCCCAACCCGUCCAGGAAAAGGCAUUUGGCCCAGGCCACUGGGCUCACGCCCACGCAGGUCGGCAACUGGUUCAAGAACCGUCGCCAAAGGGACCGGGCCGCAUCCGCAAAGAACAGAAUGCAGCAGGAUCCUUCCCACCUGCCCUCGGAAAGCUCUCCGGAUGGGUCCCUCCAAGAGCGCCGCCAUCACCCCCACUUGCUACCUACCUCCCCUCGCCACCUCGGCAGCCCGGAGGCCAGCGACUGCAGCACGGAGACCGAGCGCAGGGGAACGGGAGCCUCCACGCCAGAGAUCUCGGUCAGCAGCGACAGCGAGUUUGAGUCUUGAGACGGCAGUGGGACUCGUCUUCUUCGUGGACGGACUCUUCUUCCCUGCGCGGGGGGGGGGGGACAUCGGGUUCAGACAAAUGUGAAAGAGACACCUGAACUGUGUGGGCACACUGGAGCUGAUCGCAGAUGAGUGAGGGAGGACGAGCGUGAAGAGCCCCAUCUGCUGUAGCUCCGAUGGAACGAUACAUGAAAAACUUUAUGCACUUAAAAAAAAAGCACCAUGGCACAUGACCUACACUGUUAUAUGAAUUAGUUUGCUGCUGACCAUUAACUCAGGACUGUACAUAAAGGUAAACGUUGGCAACACUGUCUAGUACUACAAGUAUUCUUUUAAUUCUCAAGCAAAGUAUUUUUUUUAGAAAUAAAGCCAAUGGUCUUUAGAUAAAUGUGAAUAAAGUUUUGAUACAGUGAAUAUUGUUUGGAUAGAUCACGUUCUAAUAGUUUUUUACAUAAGCUACAUUAAAACAUCUUUGUGGAAACUACUUGGGACACAGUGGACGUUGAAAUGCCUUGAGUAGGCUACUAUUGUAUGUGAGUAUGUUUACAAGCGCAUUGAUGAUUUGAUCAGAUUACAGCAAAACACAGACUGUGGAUAUAGCAAUAACAUUUAUACUGAAAUAAUUUCCAGCACACACAUUUUGGUUAUGUGUCAUAAUGUGCAUGUACACAUACUUGAAUGACUCAAUUCUAUAUAUGUCAUUGCCUUAAAAAAGGAAAAAAGGGCAUCACUCUUUUACAAUGCAACAAUACACCAUAACGUAAGAAUAGACAGUCUAAACUUUAUGUCAAUUAAUAAAACACGUGUGCUGCUCAAAACACAAAAAAUUUUUUGUUACCAGCUGCUGUUGUAGCCACUUCCCUUCAGGUCACCGUUUGAAAUAGGAAGUAGGAGUUUUCUUGUCAAUGCUCCUCAGCUGCUCCGAUGACGGUUUCCCGCAGGAACUGAAACAGAAACUAUGACACAUUAAAAAAAAGGGGUCUUAACUCAGUGUGCCUAUUACAUUUGAGAACUGCUCGUGUAUGAUUGUGUCCUCGACGCAGUCAAAAGGCCUGCUGUUUGCCGUCUCUCUUGCGACCACUGCUUCCCCCCGUCACGCAUGACUGCGCGUCAAUGGAAAGAUGUAUUUUGUAAAUGUUUUAUGUAAAUAAAUGAACCUAUUUUU